UUUUUUUUUUUUUUUGGUUCUUUUUUUCGGAGCUGGGGACCGAACCCAGCACUUACAAGCUUUUAAAUCGUAACCUUUCUAAAUCGGCAGUUCGGGGUGUGUGGAUUGGAAGAGUCUGGGGUGCACGCCGGGCCUCUGAAGUUGGGGGCUCCACAGGAGGAGUCGAAGAGGCGACUGGGCGAGCGGGCAAAGGGGCGAGAAGGCGUGGCAUUGCCAGCUCUGGCCACGCCUCCCAGAGCUCCGCUGGCUUGUCUCUCCCUACCCCACCCCCCCCCCCCCCAGCGGGCCUCACUUGUGCGCGCAGUCCCUUCCCUGCCUUAAUCCGCGCCACCUUUUCCCUUGGCCCGCGCGGGCCCAGCUGACGGGCCGCGUUGUUUACUGGCCGGAGUCGAGCCCUAGCUCCCGCCGCCGCCACCAGCCCAGGUGCCCUCCCGUGCGCGCGUCCCUCUGUCUCAGACUCCACACAACGCGACCCACCCAGAGCUGCGCGGAGAGGAGAAACGGGAGACCCGGCCAGGGGACGCACCUUGGUGAGCUCUGGACUCUGCGAUUGCGGACACAGGACCGGGCCUGGGUGACCCGGGGUUGUAGUCUGCGGGCCGCGCCACAGUGUUGCUUGCAGCCGAGGCCUGUGUGCUCUUCCCAGGACUGUCCCCAGGGCCCUCUAGGCUGGAGAUCUGCGGCCCGUAAGCCACCGGCGUGGAAGAGAAGGACGUGCGGCCCCUAGCGCCUGCCUCUCCAGCGACCUUCUCGCGGAGUAUGUCCCCAGUGGGCCGGCGUGGCGUGCUCUGAUCGCCGGGGUCCCAGCGCUCCUACUGCUAUGGGCUCCGGGAGAGGAUGUGAGACGACGGCGGUGCCGUUGCUGAUGGCCGUGGCCGCGUUGCUGGUGGGCACAGCCGGCCACCUGUACCCUGGAGAGGUGUGCCCGGGAAUGGACAUCCGGAACAACCUGACCAGGUUGCAUGAGCUGGAGAACUGCUCGGUCAUUGAGGGCCAUCUGCAGAUCCUCUUGAUGUUCAAGACCAGACCCGAAGAUUUCCGAGACCUCAGUUUCCCCAAACUCAUCAUGAUCACAGACUACCUGCUUCUUUUCCGUGUCUAUGGCCUAGAAAGUCUAAAAGACCUCUUCCCAAACCUCACAGUCAUCCGAGGCUCCCGUCUCUUCUUCAACUAUGCCCUGGUCAUCUUCGAGAUGGUCCACCUGAAGGAGCUGGGUCUUUACAACCUCAUGAACAUCACCCGGGGCUCUGUCCGCAUCGAGAAGAAUAAUGAACUCUGCUACCUGGCCACUAUCGACUGGUCCCGCAUCCUGGAUUCCGUGGAGGACAACUACAUUGUACUGAACAAAGAUGACAAUGAGGAAUGUGGGGACGUCUGUCCAGGCACAGCCAAGGGCAAGACCAACUGCCCUGCCACCGUCAUCAAUGGGCAGUUUGUGGAACGGUGCUGGACACACAGUCAUUGUCAGAAAGUUUGCCCAACCAUCUGUAAGUCACAUGGCUGCACAGCUGAAGGCCUGUGCUGUCACAAGGAGUGCCUGGGCAACUGUUCAGAACCCGAUGACCCUACCAAGUGUGUGGCCUGUCGAAACUUCUACCUGGAUGGUCAGUGUGUGGAGACCUGCCCACCACCCUACUAUCACUUCCAGGAUUGGCGCUGUGUAAACUUCAGCUUCUGCCAAGACCUUCACUACAAAUGCAGGAACUCUCGGAAGCCUGGCUGUCACCAAUACGUCAUUCACAACAACAAGUGCAUCCCCGAGUGCCCGUCUGGCUAUACCAUGAAUUCCAGCAACUUGAUGUGCACCCCGUGUCUGGGACCCUGUCCUAAGGUCUGCCAAAUCCUCGAAGGCGAGAAGACCAUUGAUUCCGUGACAUCUGCCCAGGAGCUCCGAGGCUGCACUGUGAUCAAUGGCAGCCUGAUUAUCAACAUCCGAGGGGGCAACAACCUGGCAGCUGAACUAGAGGCUAACCUUGGCCUCAUUGAAGAAAUCUCAGGGUUCCUAAAGAUCCGUCGCUCCUAUGCUCUGGUGUCACUUUCUUUCUUCAGGAAGCUACAUCUGAUUCGAGGAGAGACCUUGGAAAUUGGGAACUAUUCUUUCUACGCCUUGGACAACCAGAACCUGAGGCAGCUGUGGGACUGGAACAAGCACAACCUCACGAUCACUCAGGGCAAGCUCUUCUUCCACUACAACCCCAAACUCUGCCUGUCUGAGAUCCACAAGAUGGAGGAAGUGUCCGGAACCAAGGGCCGCCAGGAGAGGAACGACAUUGCCCUGAAGACCAACGGGGACCAGGCAUCCUGUGAAAAUGAAUUACUUAAAUUCUCUUUCAUCCGGACGUCUUUUGACAAGAUCUUGCUGAGGUGGGAGCCCUACUGGCCCCCCGACUUCCGAGAUCUCCUGGGAUUCAUGCUGUUCUACAAAGAGGCCCCUUAUCAGAACGUGACAGAGUUUGACGGGCAGGAUGCGUGUGGCUCCAACAGCUGGACUGUGGUGGAUAUUGACCCGCCCCAGAGGUCCAACGACCCUAAGUCUCAGACCCCAAGCCACCCUGGGUGGCUGAUGCGGGGCCUCAAACCCUGGACCCAGUAUGCCAUCUUUGUCAAGACCUUGGUUACCUUCUCUGAUGAACGCCGGACCUAUGGAGCCAAAAGUGAUAUCAUCUAUGUGCAAACAGAUGCCACCAAUCCUUCCGUUCCCCUGGAUCCCAUAUCAGUUUCCAACUCCUCAUCUCAGAUUAUCUUAAAGUGGAAGCCCCCCUCGGACCCCAAUGGCAACAUCACACACUACCUGGUCUACUGGGAGAGGCAGGCGGAGGACAGCGAGCUGUUCGAGUUGGAUUAUUGUCUCAAAGGGCUGAAGCUCCCCUCACGCACCUGGUCCCCACCUUUUGAGUCUGACGAUUCUCAAAAGCACAAUCAGAGUGAGUAUGACGACUCGGCCAGCGAGUGCUGCUCAUGUCCUAAGACUGACUCUCAGAUCCUGAAGGAGCUGGAGGAGUCUUCAUUCAGGAAGACCUUCGAGGAUUACCUGCACAACGUGGUUUUUGUUCCCAGAAAAACCUCUUCAGGCAAUGGUGCUGAGGACACUAGGCCAUCCCGAAAGCGAAGAUCCCUUGAAGAGGUGGGCAAUGUGACAGCCACUACACCCACACUUCCAGAUUUUCCCAACAUCUCCUCCACCAUCGCGCCCACAAGCCACGAAGAGCACAGACCAUUUGAGAAAGUAGUAAACAAGGAGUCACUUGUCAUCUCUGGCCUGAGACACUUCACUGGGUACCGCAUUGAGCUGCAGGCAUGCAAUCAGGACUCCCCAGAAGAGAGGUGCAGCGUGGCUGCCUACGUCAGUGCCCGGACCAUGCCUGAAGCUAAGGCAGAUGACAUCGUUGGCCCUGUGACCCAUGAAAUCUUUGAGAACAAUGUUGUACACUUAAUGUGGCAAGAGCCAAAGGAACCUAAUGGUCUGAUUGUGCUAUAUGAAGUGAGCUAUCGGCGAUAUGGUGAUGAGGAGCUGCACCUCUGUGUCUCCCGGAAGCAUUUUGCCCUGGAGCGGGGCUGCAGGCUUCGAGGGCUCUCUCCAGGAAACUACAGUGUUCGAGUCCGGGCUACCUCUCUGGCAGGAAAUGGCUCCUGGACAGAACCCACCUAUUUUUAUGUGACUGAUUAUUAUGUCCCAUCAAAUAUUGCCAAAAUUAUCAUCGGGCCCCUCAUCUUCGUCUUCCUCUUCAGUGUCGUGAUCGGAAGUAUUUAUCUAUUCUUGAGGAAGAGGCAGCCAGAUGGGCCAAUGGGACCACUGUACGCUUCUUCAAACCCAGAGUACCUCAGUGCCAGUGAUGUCUUUCCAUCUUCCGUAUACGUUCCGGAUGAGUGGGAGGUACCUCGAGAGAAGAUCACCCUCCUCCGAGAGCUGGGGCAGGGAUCCUUCGGUAUGGUGUACGAAGGCAAUGCCAAGGAUAUCAUCAAGGGUGAGGUAGAGACCCGUGUUGCGGUGAAGACGGUCAAUGAGUCAGCCAGUCUUCGAGAACGGAUCGAGUUCCUCAAUGAGGCAUCAGUCAUGAAGGGCUUCACCUGUCAUCACGUGGUCCGCCUUCUUGGGGUGGUGUCCAAAGGCCAGCCCACAUUGGUAGUGAUGGAACUGAUGGCUCAUGGAGACCUGAAAAGUCACCUCCGUUCUCUGCGGCCCGAUGCUGAGAACAACCCAGGCCGUCCUCCCCCUACCUUGCAAGAAAUGAUUCAGAUGACAGCAGAAAUUGCCGAUGGCAUGGCAUACUUGAACGCCAAGAAGUUUGUGCACCGGGACCUGGCAGCUCGGAACUGCAUGGUUGCCCAUGAUUUUACUGUCAAAAUCGGAGACUUUGGAAUGACGAGAGACAUCUACGAGACAGAUUACUAUCGGAAAGGGGGCAAGGGGUUGCUGCCCGUGAGGUGGAUGUCACCCGAGUCCCUGAAGGACGGAGUCUUCACUGCUUCUUCCGACAUGUGGUCCUUUGGGGUGGUCCUUUGGGAAAUCACCAGCCUGGCUGAGCAACCUUACCAAGGCCUGUCUAAUGAACAGGUGUUGAAAUUUGUCAUGGAUGGAGGCUAUCUGGAUCCCCCUGAUAACUGUCCAGAGAGACUCACUGACCUGAUGCGCAUGUGCUGGCAGUUCAACCCCAAGAUGAGGCCGACCUUCCUGGAAAUCGUCAACCUGCUCAAGGACGACCUCCACCCCAGCUUUCCGGAAGUUUCCUUCUUCUACAGCGAGGAGAACAAGGCUCCCGAGAGUGAAGAGCUGGAGAUGGAGUUCGAGGACAUGGAGAAUGUCCCCUUGGAUCGUUCCUCUCACUGUCAGAGAGAAGAGGCUGGAUGCCGGGAGGGAGGGUCCUCUCUGAGCAUCAAACGGACCUAUGAUGAACACAUCCCCUACACCCACAUGAACGGGGGCAAGAAGAAUGGGCGGGUCCUCACCCUGCCGAGGUCGAACCCUUCCUAACAGCGCCUGCUCGCUCGGGGAAGGAUUCUUUUCUUUUCUUUCUUUCUUUUUAAAAACUCUUCUGUAGUUUGACUGCCUCCAGGAAACUCAGGAUUAUCGGGACUCUACCCAGAUGUGAAACUGAGCUCACAGAUAGUUCGUACACAUUUCUGUUUGUCUUUGGACCUGAAAACACACAGGUGUGGUCGCCAACCCUGCGAGCCUGUGGAGGGCUAACUGUGAACCUAGAGGGGUUGGGGUUUCCAUACUCCCUUCCCUGCCCCCACGGUAUCAAACCAAGAUUUUAUUGUUGUUGCUGGUGUUUUCCUCAUAGAUUGGAAGGAUGAACCUGUUUUUACAGUUUUUUUUUUCUGCUAGUGUCUGAGUUAUAGUUAGUUGUCAAAGACAGACUUUAUUUAUGGAGCACAAGUCAGAAAGCAAAGAAGAAACAGACAGAAAAACAAAACAAAAACCAAACCUGACCUACAGAACCCAGUUCUGGAAUUGCGUGCUUUCGCGGGGUUGGGCUUUGAGAAGGUUUCAUUAAUCUGAGAGAAGGAGCUUAUUUUAUUUUAGUUUUGUUUUGUUUUUUUCCUCAUUCACAAAAUCAGUUCCUCAAAUUGACCAAUAGCUGCUGCUUUCAUAUUUUAUUAUUUUGGGAAAGGGUGUGUACUCCUAAGUGUGUGCUCAUCUGCACACCUGCGUGCAUUUGCGUGUGUGUUGUGUCCAGGUUAGAGAUCACAGGGUGGGGUGGGGGCUGUGUGUAUGUUACAUUUUUCUCUGGACUGAUGCUUGGUGACUUGGCUCAUGAAGCACCCGCUGCUUGGAGUGGGUGACCUCAUAUUGUCCUCUUCCUUCUUAUGAACCGAGAGCUUGUGCCCUCGAGAGAUUCUCCUCAGUCACGUCAGAACUCGCUCAGGUGUCUUCUUCCCCUUCCCUUUGGUGAUGAUUUCCAAAAACAGAGGGAUGAUUAUUUGGUCUGGAUUCAUGGAGGAUCUUUGGAAGAUCAAACAAAGGACAUGCAUGCACGGGCGCACACACACACACACACACACACACACACACACACAGAUACACACACAGACACACACACACAGACACACACACAGACAGAUACACACAUACACACACACACAGACACACACACAGUAGAAGGAAGUAAGGCAACAAGUUUGAGAAUAUAUUGGUAACAUAUUUAAAGCUUAUGGGAUCUUUGAGAUGAGCCUAAUAAGUUAUUAUUUCCUUGGGAGCAGGGGAAGUGGUGGGCACAUCUGCCUGUGUGGGGAGACGGGACAAUACAUGAGUGGCCUCUGUGUUCGGUCUUUGAAACACAUGUUUUGUUUUGUUUUGUUUUUUUCUGGGAAUUAUACCACAUUAGCUGCUAGCCUUUUAGGACUCGGUGAGUUCUUGUGGAUUUGUGGGUAACUGGAUUUUUGACUGGUUCAGAUAGUAACACUGACUGGAUGUUCCUUGCUUGGAUACACUGGUGGUUACCUGGGGCCGAGGUGGCCUUCCAGAACACCUGUGUUUGUCUGGUUUUUCUCUGCUUGUGUACCUCACUUCUUCAAAGCCUACACUUUGCUCAAAGAUACUGAACUCAGAUCCCAAAGACCAGUGACACAGUUGGACUCUGGGAACACUAAGCAGUGUCUGAGGAGGUGCACCUUCAAAUCGCUGUCGGUCUCCACCUUUGGGGCAUCUGGCUAUUCUCCACACUAAACCCCACCCCACAGCUGCUCGCGGUGCCCAGAGACCUCAGCUUGGCCAGAUGGAGCGCCUGAGUCUAUUUCUCAAGCGCUUAUGUUUCAGUCUCUCGAGACUAAAGUCUAGAGGAGAGAACAUCGGACACUUCCCACCACCAAGAACUGGUGAAGGCACACAAACUCGCAACCUCUUUGCAUCAAACCACAGCUGCUCAAGUGAGAGACAACUAUGGCAAACUCAAAAACCCUCCCGGGGGUUCUUUCCUGCGUGCGUUUCCCCACAAGUAUUUGAUACCUUGAUAUCCCCUAGGAGAUACGAGAUAAAGACACACUGGCCACCCCCAAACCCUCUUGAGUCUUGGUUGAGAACACAGGAACACAUAAAUCCUAGUUGUCAACUGCUGUCAAAUUUAUAUUAGAAAAAUUGCAGCACGCAGAAAGAUUACCAGGAAACUCAGUGAUUGGUACUUACAAGAAGCAAGAGUUACAGUUACUUUUUCCCAAAACACUUUGUAAAUAGGAGGUCUGUGCAUCAGUGGAAGACACCUUAGGUCUGGAUAUUUUUUUGUUUGUUUGUUAUUUUUCCUUUUUACAGUAAAUUUGUAGCGAUGCUCUACUAGCAGAAAUUUUCACACCUUUCUAAUUCAAAAGGUUUUCUUAUAGUACUGGGGAAAGUAUUUAUUUUAAUAUAUAAAAUCACUCUUGAAAAAUCACUUUUGUAAAAAAAUGGUAUGCAUGUAAAUUUUUUUUAUCAAGGAAAAAUAAAAGCAGGUGAGUGUGGGUAUUUUCUUCUUCUCAGUACAGUCUACCUCAGUGUCUCGUCAGGACGUGUGGUUCAGUAACAGAUGCUGGGGCUUCUGGAUUCUGGCCGAAUCAUUCUCCGAGUUGGGGAGCUGUGUACCAGUUGAUUUUUGAAUGCCAUGGCUAGGAAGAAUUUUGAAGGAGAGAGUUGGGAUUAAAACGUUAGAGCCUUCCUGUGAGCCCAGAGUCUUCUUGUUGCUGAUAUCCUUCUGAGUAUAACCUCCUUUAAAAAAAAAAACCCACGGGCUCUCACACACAAGCCAUACUUCAGGUCAUGACUUGGCCUCUUUGAGAGGCCCCUUGAUCUAAGGUCUUGGUGAAAAGUGGAUGUUCCUUUCCCUGAUGAGGCAGUGAACCAGCACCUUCAGAUGUCACACAAAAUCCCCCAGACAUGAACGCAAGGGAAGCUUGGUUCUCUGACCGCUAUUUCUUUCCCUGUUCAGACUUAUAAGGCUGUGUGUGGGCACCUCCUACAGAAAUAGCCAAUACAAGGGUAUUUGGGGAGAGCCUAAUACAAAACCUAUCCAUUCCCUGAACAGGUCUUGAACCCUGCACAAUGGAAUAGAACCCCUGUGCUGGGGCUUGGUUGACUUCAAGCUGACACUAGCCUUGUACAGUUGCAAGAACUCUGGAAAUCAAGGCAGGGCCAGCAGCAUGGCCCCGACUUAAUGUUUUGCCUUACUAUGUCACUGUAGGACCCUGUCCUUGAAAUUUGACUCUUCUGUCUUUUCUGGAGAGGUGCGCCAACCUGGGUGGCCCUACCAAAAGGGACUCCACGAAUUCCAUUUUGAUAUGGGAAGGAAACAAGUAGCUAUUGGAUCAUGAGACUCAUUUUGUUUUCACAUGAUGAUAGCUUUGUAAGAAAACAAUCUCAAGACCUAGAAAAUCAUGGCUCGACUCUUUGUAGUUUGGAGUGAUGGGGGGAGAGAGAGAGAGAGAGAGAGAGAGAGAGAGAGAGAGAGAGAGAGAGAGAGAGCAACAACACCAAGUUACAUUGGCACUUCUUGUUGUGUGCUUUGGGGGAUGUCUCAUUACUUUAACACUCUGAGCAUGGUGAAAGCCAUGCAAUUAUUUCCUCCAGGAUAAUGGCAGACAUGUUUUCCUGUCUGGUUCAAUGAUGUCAAGCACACAUCAGGAAAGGUUCAUGUACUUGGAGCCCUUCUAAAUGUUUCCCUGUAAUUUGAAGCUAGCUGGAAGGGAAGAGCCCUGAUGACUUUCUGGAUCUAUGUUGAGCCCAGUUUGGGAGAAUGGAGAUUUCCAGGAAGAGCUGAGCUAUAUUUUGUGGUAGCUGGGAGUGGCGCCACCAACACAAGCAAAAAUUAACCUUACUAUCUUAUCAGGACGGACAUUCUACCAUGCAGAACAAUUUUAUUUGAAGCUCACCAUAACACUGGCCAGUGGGCAGUAUCACUGUGACAGUCUAGUCCAUAAUGACGAUCGUGGUAAAGUGAUGGCCAUUUUAGCAAGGGUUCUUUGACUUUAUGAUACGUGGAUGUAUUCUGAAUUCUAGUUGAUGAGUUCUUGACAACAUAGGCUCUUUAAAAAUUACGGUUUUGUUGGACGUGGAAAAAAAUAGUGCUGAUUUUGUGUAAAUGAUACACAGAGUGUAGUCAUUUUAGAAAACCUUCCGGAAUGUUCCUCAGAAUAUGAAUUUAUAUGAGAGAUGAAAACGGAGACUAGGAAUAACAGAUUAUCACUUGCUGUUUAAACUACAUGAAAUAAUAUGAUGGCCUUUUAAGAGGCCAUGACUGAAGGCAUAUACAUCCUCAGAUAGUACUCAAGAAAUGGCGAUCAAUGAGUAUUUGAGCUAACUUAAUACCAAUCAGGAUACAGAAUCAGUCUCUGGCCAAAUUUUUAUCAGUAUGUGGGCCGUUUAAGAAAACAACAACAUCAAAUGAAACAAAAAUUUGUUAAAGGUUAGAUCAUGGUCCUGGAACCCUUGUGAUUAUUUGAGAAGGAAAGAAGGGUCCUCAAGUGUGUGUGUGUCCAUCCACAAGCACAGGAAUGGCUUGUUUGGUCCUUAUUCUUUGUAUCAAAGUUGCUGCUCCUUCCCCCUUUUUGUGCCUUGGUGGCUAUAUCCCAUGUGUCAACGGUGUCGGAUCAAAUGUGCCACAGCACUGCAGAAAAGAGACACACAAAGCCCACCCAAAGCACAGUGACAUUUUCCCUACAAGAGCCGAGUAGCAUCAUGUACAGACUAUGCCUUUUUUUGUGUGGGGGGAGGGGAAGGGAAGGAAGGGGCUGAAAUUGUUCUGCAUGUAUAAUACAGGCUAAUUACUUGUUUAUAUUAAAAUUUGGAAUAAAUUAUCUUGAGACCUUU